AAUAUCCGUGGCUGAGGAUGACUAGUAAAACAAACCGCACAAUGAAUGCAUGAACAGUAGGGUCUAACAGGAAAUAUUGUGUCCAGAGUUUUUAUUUUAGUCUGAAACGUUUUAACUAACUGGAUCUGAAUAUAGUAAGACUAGAGAAGGAGCUGUAACUACGUGUGGGCGAGUUUGUUGUUGCUGUUAGGAUGUCUCUGCUCUUUCAUUUGUUGUGGUGGUCUCUGGCAAGGUUGGGAUUGGAAAGUGCGUCUACUGGUCUAGGACAGGUAGUAAUGUGGUGAUGUGCUGUAGAUCAUUCAUUCCUUGAGUUGAGACUGCCUCUAGGGAGCACUGAGAGUAUGCGAGGCACUGUACCAGUGAGACAGUGACUCAGUCUAGGCUGAGCUCUUGUGGUGCUUCUCCGUGGUCUGACCUCGGUUCCACAGCGUGCGCCAGUCACAGAGGAGCUCAACUUGAGAUCCUGAAGAGCCUCCUGUGUUUCAGUGAGUAUUGUGACAGCAGCAGGAGUAGUGCAUUGAAAUCAGCUCCCGCAAAGGGACUCGGCGAGCUCAAACAGGACGGUAAAAUCCACACAAUAGUCAUCUCUGAAAGCCUGCUGUCUUUAGACGUCGUUCCUCUUUUGAAGUGGGCCAUGAGGGCAGAAUGUUUGACGCUGGUUGCCUUAUUGGCGCUGGAAUAUGUGUGUCGGAAUGAAGCCAUGUCCACCUGUAAGUCACUGGACUUGGAGCUGGUGAAGAGGAAACGUAUUGAGGCCAUCCGUGGACAGAUACUGAGCAAGCUGCGGCUGCCCAAGGAGCCAGAGAUUGACCAGGAGGGAGACUCUGAGGAGGUCCCAACCUCCCUGAUGUCCAUCUACAACAUCACAGUGGAGCUGAGUGAGGAGCAGGUGCAGACGUACAUACCGCCCACUCGGGAUGCAGAAGAGGAGGCAUACUUUGCAAAGGAGGUCCACAAGUUCAACAUGAAACAAAGUGAGAACACCAGUAAGUACCAAAUGCUCUUCAACAUGUCUGAGAUGCGGUCUGUAUUGGGGACAGAUCGACUGCUCUCUCAAGCUGAGCUCCGUCUCCUCAUCAAAAAUCGUGGCAUGCACGACAGCAGUGAGCAGAGGCUGGAACUCUACAGGGGCACUGGAGAUAAGGCACGUUACAUGAAGUCCCAUUUUGUCUCAAAGGAAUGGGCCAAUCGCUGGGUCUCCUUUGAUGUUACACAGACUCUGAGGGAGUGGCUGAAAGGGGCUGGAGAGGAGCAAGGAUUCCAAUUGAAGUUGCCUUGUGAAUGUGGGAAAGCAAUGGAAGAAUUCCUCUUUGAAAUAUCAGGGAUGAACAAGCCAAGGGGAGAUAAAGAAACUCUCUUCAUGAACAUGCCAAAGCCUCACAUUUUACUGAUGUCACUUCCUGUGGAACGCCACAGCCAGCUUAGCUCUCGGAAGAAACGACAAAGCACUACUGAAGAGAUCUGCUCAGACAAAUCGGAGAGUUGCUGUGUGCGAAAGCUUUACAUUGACUUCCGUAAGGACCUGGGCUGGAAAUGGAUCCAUGAACCCACUGGCUACUUUGCUAACUACUGCAUUGGCCCAUGCACCUAUAUAUGGAACACAGAGAACAAGUACUCCCAGGUACUGGCUCUGUAUAAGCACCACAAUCCUGGAGCCUCUGCCCAACCUUGCUGUGUUCCACAGGUCUUGGAGCCCCUACCCAUUCUCUACUAUGUGGGUAGACAACACAAGGUGGAGCAGUUGUCCAAUAUGAUUGUUAAGUCCUGCAAGUGUAGCUAGAAUUACAUAUAUAUCCAUUUUCUUAUUCAUCGUAUUUCCUUGUACUCAUGGAGUCCUAGCGAAAAUCUGGAUGUAGUCCAGACAUCAUUUCCGAAUGUUAAUAAUAUUAUUUGACAUAUUUCCCAGCCGAGGAUUUCCCUAUUCAAUGAUUAGUGGAUGUUUUUUUAUUUACAUUUUUUAUUUACAUAGUGGUUUAUGGAGUUUUUUAAUAGUUAUUUAGAUUUGCCAAUGUCCUGGGUGUGUCAAUAGACUCGUCUUAUUGUCAUUGUGUUUCAGUAUUUACAGUGUAUUCAAAGUAUUCAGACCCCUUCUCUUUUUCCACAUGUUGUUACGUUACAGCCUUAUUCUGAAAUGGAUUAAAUAAAAUAAAAAUCCUCAUCAAUCUACACCUGUAAAAAAGGUUGUCCCCCUCCUCUCCUCUCUACCUAACUUCCCCUUCACAGUCCCUUCAGUUUCCCUUAAGUCCCUUUACUUUGGCUGCUCAGCCUACCUAAGUUAUUCAUCCCUCACCCAACAUAGCCCUGCCAUUCCCAAACAAACAGAGUGCUUGGAAAGGGGCAUCUGGACACUGCACCCACCCGCUCAGGUCAGAGCAUUAUUGCUGUCUGAAUGGAGAAGACUCUGAUGUGUCUGAGGACUUUUUUAUUGUCGACAGUAACAUGAAAGUCUGACUGUUGUGUGUGCGCGUCGAAAAUAACCACAACAAUAAGAAUCCAAAUAAUUUGGAUUACCAAAAAUAUCAUAGUCAAUGGAAACGUGUGUGUGUGUGUGUGUGUGUGUGUGUGUGUGUGUGUGUGUGUGUGUGUGUGUGUGUGUGUGUGUGUGUGUGUGUGUGUGUGUGUGUGUGUGUGUGUGUGUGUGUGUGUGUGUGUGUGUGUGUGUGUGUGUGUGUGUGUGUGUGUGUGUGUGUGUGUGUGUGUGUGUGUGUGUGUGUUGACUAUCAAGAGUACAGUGAUGGGCCUCAACAUCAUGUUCUAACCGGACAGCACUAUAGUGGGCAGAACCAAACCAAUCAGUUCUAAGUAUAUAGCAGGUGAGGGCAUUCACAGCCGACCGCUUAGACGGGUGAGGGCAUACCAGCCAACCGUUUUUAUGUGGUCCUUCUAGCCGGAUUUAGUGACCAACUGUAUUUUUACAUGGUCCGUCAUUUGUCCAGAUUAGUUUUUACAAUACCACAAUGACAAAGCGAAAACCUGUGAUUGUGUCGAGGCACAGAUCUGGGGAAGGGUACCAAAACAUUUCUGCAGCAUUGAAGAUCCCCAAGAACACAGUGGCCUCCA